CCGCUCUGAUGUCAUGAGUCGUAACUGAAGCCCCGCUGAAGCUGCAGCCGCGGAGCGGAGCGGAGCGGAGCGGACCGGAUCCCCGCCUCUCGCCGGACUCAAAUUCCGCUGCGGGGAGAAAAGCGUCUGUGGGAACAUGGCGCAUAUUCCGCGGAUCAACUUUGUCCAGGAGCGAGUCCGCACCGCUGCGUAGCGCACGAGCCUCCUCAUGAGAAGUUCAUCGGUCAGAUUUCAGUUCGGUUCUGGCGCUGCGUCGUGUUGGACCGCGGCCGUUUCUCUUCCUCCGCGCUGCUCUGGGACCAAAGUUUGUCGCCGGAUUUGGCAGAGAUGGAAAAACAGCGCGGCAGAAAAGAAAAGUUCUCCCUGUUUGGUUCUCGCGCCAGCAGCAGGGCCACCGGCGCUCCUUCAUCCUCCUCCUCGUCCCCCGUGGUGCCCCCUCGGCCGGACCGAGCCUGCGGCGGCCUGAGCAAAGCCGAGUUCCUGGAGUGCGUGCGGCGCAGUAACCAGGCCUGCCAGCAGGGGGAGUAUGCGCUGGCCGUGCGCCUGUACAGCGAGGCCCUGACCGCGGACCCCCAGAACUGCAUCCUGUACAGCAACCGCUCCGCAGCCUAUCUCAGACUGGGCCAGUACAACACGGCGCUGGACGACGCCAUCAAAGCUCGACUCAUCAACCCCAAGUGGCCCAAGGCCUACUUUCGUCAGGGCGUCGCCCUGCAGUUCUUGGGCCGCCACGCAGAUGCUCUGGCGGCGUUCGCCUCCGGCCUGGCCCAGGACCCCAAGAGCCUGCAGCUGCUUGUGGGCAUGGUGGAGGCGGCCAUGAAGUCGUCCCUCAGAGACACCCUUGAGCCGACCUACCAGCAGCUGCAGAGGAUGAAGCUGGACAAAAGCCCGUUCGUGGUGGUGUCCGUGGUGGGGCAGGAGCUGCUGAGCCACGGCUUCCACGGCGCCUCCGUGGUGGUGCUGGAGGCGGGGCUGAAGAUCGGCACGUGCUCGCUGAAGCUGCGCGGCUCCGUGUUCUCCGCCCUGAGCUCGGCCUACUGGUCUCUGGGCAACGCCGAGAAGAGCCUGGCCUACAUGCAGCAGGACCUGGAGGUGACCAAGACCUUGGGCGACCAGUCGGGCGAAUGCCGGGCUCACGGGAACCUGGGCUCCGCCCUCUUCUCCAAAGGCAGCUACAGAGAAGCUCUGGCCAAUCACAGGCACCAGCUAGUGCUGGCCAUGAAGCUGAAGGACAGAGAAGCAGCGUCCGCCGCCCUCAGCAGCCUGGGCCACGUGUACACGGCCAUCGGCGACUACCCCAACGCGCUGGCGAGCCACAAGCAGUGCGUCCUGCUGGCCAGACAGACCCAGUGCCGCCUCUCGGAGGCCAGGCAGCUGGGCAACAUGGGCGCCGUGUACACGGCGCUGGGAGACGUGGCCAACGCGGUCCAGUGCCACGAGCAGCACCUGGAAAUGGCCAAGACGCUGGAGAACCGGCGCGAGGAGGCCCGGGCCUACAGCAACCUGGGCAGCGCCUACCACUCCCAGCGGGACUUCGACAAGGCCGUGUCCUUCCACCGCCGCGUGCUGCAGCUGGCGCGGGACCUCGGCGACAGGGCCAUCGAGAUGCGGGCCUACGCCGGGCUGGGCCACGCGGCCCGCUGCAUGCAGGACAUGGACGGGGCCCGUCAGCACCACCAGCGCCAGCUGGAGAUGGCCCAGGAGCUGCAGGACAGAGCGGCGCAGGGCCGGGCCUGCUCCAACCUGGGCAUCAUACACCAGAUGAAGGGGGAGUAUGAGGCGGCACUGAAGCUCCAUAAAGCCCACCUGUCCCUUGUCCAGGAGCUGGGGGACUACGCUGCCCAGGGCAGGGCCUACGGAAACAUGGGCAACGCCUAUCACGCGCUUGGCAUCUACGACCAAGCCGUGCGCUACCACCGACAGGAGUUGCAGAUCUCCCUGGAGGUGAAUGACCGCUCAUCGCAGGCCUCCACUCACGGCAACCUGGCCGUGGCGUACCAGGCGCUGGGCGCUCACGACCGGGCUCUCCAGCACUACCUUCAUCACCUGAGCAUCGCACAAGAGCUCCAAGACAGUCAAAGUGAAGCCAGAGCACUAGCAAACCUGGGCAACUUCCACAGCUGGAGAGGUGAAUACGCUCAGGCGCUGCCGUACUACCAGAAGUACCUGGCUCUGGCUCCAGGGUUGCAGGACCUGGAGGGGGAAGGCAAAGUCUGCCACAACUUGGGCUACGCCCACUGCUGCCUCGGACAGUACCGAGACGCCGUCAGGUAUUAUGAGCAGGACCUGGCCUUGGCUAAAGAUCUCCAGGAUAAACUGGCCCAGGCUAAAGCCUAUUGUAACCUUGGUCUGGCCCACAAAGCACUGGGGGAGUUCAGCAAAGCAGAGGAGUGUCAGAGAUACCUUCUCUCUCUAGCUCAAGCUCUGGAUAACACACAGGCCGUGUUCAGAGCCUUCGGGAACCUCGGCGACUUGUGCGUUUGUCGGGCCGACCUUUCAGGAGCUGUGAGGUUCUACCAGCAGCAGCUGAGCCUGGCUCAGCAGGUCAGCAAUCGGAAGAUGGAGGCAGAUGCCUACUCAGCACUGGGAUCGGUUCACAGGCUGCUCCGCCAGCUGGAGGCAGCCUUGUCCUUCCACAGCCAGGAGCUGACCCUCAGAAAGGAUUUGGGCGAUCAACGCGGGGAGUGCCGUUCCCUUGGCCACCUGGCGGCCGUGCAUAUGGCCUUAGGCGACUAUGCUACAACCCUCCAGUGUUAUGAGGGCCAGCUGGGCCUGGCGCAGGGGCUCAGGGAUGCCCAACUGGAAGCCCAGGUCCACGGGAACAUGGGCAUCACCAAAAUAAACAUGGGGGUGUUUGAGGAGGCCAUUGGCUACUUUGAGCAGCAGCUGGCCAUGCUGCAGCAGCUGAGCGGGACUGAGAGCAUGUUGGACAGAGGCAGGGCCUAUGGGAACCUGGCAGACUGCUAUGACGCCCUGGGAGACUAUGAGGAGGCCAUUCAAUACUAUGAAAAGUACCUGACGGUGGCUCAGAGUCUCAGCCGUGUCCAGGACCAGGAAAAGGCCUACAGAGGACUGGGAAGUUCACACAGAUCCAUGGGCAGCCUUCAGCAAGCGCUGGUGUGCUUUGAAAAGCGCCUGGUGGUCGCCCACGAGCUGGGCGGGGCGGCGGGCGGCAAGGCCCAGGCGUACGGGGAGCUGGGCACCCUGCACAGCCAGCUGGGCAACUACGAGCAGGCCCUCUCGUGCCUGGAGCACCAGCUCCACAUCGCACGCACAGCAGGGGACACGUCCCUGGAAGCGGAGGCGAGCGAUGCACUCGGAUCCGUCUACCAUCUGAUGGCAGACAACGAGACGGCGCUACAGUGGCAUCAGCGGGCUCUGGAUAUAGCGGAGCAGACAGGAUGCGUAAGGAGCCAGGGUCGCGCCUAUGGCAACUUGGGACUGAGCUAUGAAUGUUUGGGCAACUAUGAGCGGGCCGUGGUGUUUCAGGAGCAGCACCUGAGCAUAGCAGCCCAGACCAGCGAUCUGACAGCUAAGACUCUGGCCUACGGGAGCCUGGGCAGGAUUCACCACGUGCUGCAGAACUACGCCCAGGCUGUGAUGUACCUGCAGGAAGGUCUGCGUCUGGCGGAGCAGUUAGGUCGGAGGGAAGAUGAAGCUAAGAUACGCCAUCGUCUGGGUCUGUCUCUCUGGGCCAGUGGGAACCUGGAGGAGGCUCAGCACCAGUUGUACAGAGCGUCUGUGUUAUUCGAGACCAUUCGUCAUGAGAUGCAGCACAGCAAGGAUUACAAGCUCUCUCUGUUUGACCUGCAAACCAGCUCGUACCAGGCUCUCCAGAGGGUCCUCGUCAGCCUCGGUCGAUAUGAGGAGGCGCUAGCCAUAGCUGAACGGGGCCGAACUCGUGCCUUUGCUGAUCUUCUGGUUGAACGCCAGAAGGGAAGUCAACAAGCAGUGAGCGCUGACCCUUACAUCCCGGUUACUGUGGAGCACAUCCUGGAGACGGUCAAUGGUCAGAAGGCCAUGGUGCUCUACUACUCUCUGGCAGGAGGCUUUCUCUACAGCUGGCUCAUUUGUCCAGGAGCAGGUAUCGUGAAGUUUAACGAGGUGUACCUCGCAGAGACUGGAGCGGAGGCAUCUGAGUUACAGGAUGCUGGAGGAGGGGGAACGGCUGGAGUUCACCUGCCUCUGGACCAGUACAUCGCCAACGCCAGGGAGGCCCUGGGGGUGGACAGCCACGCCAGCAGAGUUUGCUCCAGCAGCGAGACGGAGAGCGAAGCAGGGGACCUGUUGGAGCAGCAGUUCGAGGAGCUGAACCACAAACUGUCUCCGGCCACGGAUCCCACGGGAUACCUGCGCAUGGUGUCCAGGAACAACCUCUUCAACAGGAGCUGCCAGAGUAUGACCAGCCUCUACAGCACCACAGUGUCUCCGGCGAAGGACGCCUUGGGUUCUCCUCUUUCCCAGUCCAGCAGCGUCAGCAAGCCGCCUCUGCGGGCGCUUUACGAUCUACUCAUAGCACCAAUGGAAGUGGGCUUGAUGCACAUCAGUGGACCAGUGGGGAGACACAGGCAGCUCAUAUUAGUGCUGGAGGGAGAAUUGUACCUGAUCCCAUUUGCCUUGCUGAAGGGCAGCUCCUCGAACGAGUACCUGUACGAACGCUUUAGUCUUAUCUCUGUGCCAUCUCUAGCCAGCCUGGGAGCCACUGUCAGGCCUCAUCCUCGCCGCAGUGGACCUUUACUUUGCUCAGACGGAGGUUCAGUGGCGGCGGUGAUUGGCGCUCCUCAGCUUCCCCCCAGUGUCAUGGACCGCUGGCUGUGGGGCCCCUUACCCUCAGCUGAAGAUGAGGCCCUUUGGCUGGGGGAACAGCUGGGAUGCCGACCUCUAACUGGAACCAGUGCCACCAAGGAGCGCGUUUUAGCAGCUCUCAGUCAAACCGAGUGUGUUCACUUUGCUACUCAUAUAUCCUGGAAGCUCGCCGCCGUGGUGCUUGCCCCCAGCCCAGAGCACGCUGCAGGGGAGGGGCCCGGUGGCCGAGCCAAGCAGAAAUCAGUGUGCAGGGCAUCGGCCUCAGUUGAGACCACAAAUCAGGAUAAGACCCAGGGUCAUAGCAGCCCAGAGAGACUCCCAGGAGCAGAAGAUACGGGUGAGGACGUGGAGAGCGUGUGUGAUAGUCCAUCACUUCAGGACUUCCUCCUCACUGCUGCAGACAUACUGGACCUCUGUUUGUCUGUGAAACUGGUGGUUCUGAGGUCGUACUCAGAGUCCAGCAGCAGGGUGACGGCCGAUGGGGUGGUGGGUCUGACCCGAGCCUUCCUGGCUGCAGGGGUCCAGUGUGUGUGCGUGUCUCUGUGGCCUGUACCAGUAGCUGCGUCCAAACUCUUCACACACACUUUGUACACAGCUCUUCUCAACGGGACCAAAGCCAGCUACGCACUGACGGAGGCCAUGAAGGCUCUGCAAAGCAGCAAGCACUUCUCACACCCCUCCAACUGGGCGGGUUACAUGCUCAUUGGUAACGAUGUGACCCUGAACAGCCCAAUGUCGCUGGUUGGCCAAGCGCUGACUGAGAUUCUCCAGCACCCAGAAAGGGCCAGAGAUGCUCUGCGAGUGUUGUUACACCUGGUGGAGAAGUCGCUGCAGCGCAUGCAGAGCGGCCAGUCGAAUCCAAUGUACACGUCUCAACAAAGCGUGGAGAAUAAGGUCGGAGGGGUCCCCGGGUGGCAGGCCCUUCUGUCUGCCGUGGGUUUCCGGCUGGACUUCUCUGGCAGCGGAGCCGGUCUCCCUGCGGCGGUUUUCUUCCCCACGUCGGAUCCUGGAGACCGGCUGCAACAGUGCAGCACGACUCUGCAGUCCCUGCUUGGUCUUAGUCCUCCAGCUCUGCAGGCUCUGUGCAAGCUGGUUUCAGCAUGUGAGGCCGGAGAGCAGCUCAUUCAUAAGGCGGUUAAAAGCAUGGUGGGAAUGCUCCACCAAGUGCUGGUUCAGUUGCAAUCGGGCGACAAAGAGCAAGACUUUUCACUGGCUCCGAUUCAGGUGUCCAUAAGUGUGCAGCUAUGGAGGCUUCCAGGCUGCCAUGAGUUCCUGGCAGCGCUCGGGUUUGAUCUCUGUGAGGUGGGUCAGGAGGAGGUGGUGCUGAAGACUGGGAAGCAGGCCAGCAGACGCACCAUGCACUUUGCCCUUCAGUCUCUUUUAGCACUGUUUGACUCCACAGAGCUUCCCAAACGCCUGAGCAUGGACAGUUCCUCCUCUCUGGAGUCUCUGUCCUCCUCCCAGUCGGCGUCCCAACCUCACUCCUUACCCCUCUCCUUCAGUUGCUACCCACCGCAGCCCUCCUUCAUACCCCCGGCCUGCCCCGACAACCUCUCCUGUGAUGCCAUCUCUGUCUACAGCCUCAGCUCGCUCGCCUCCUCUCUCAGUUUCCUGUCCCGGCCUGAGCCGGCAGGAAGUGACAUCAUCAGCCAGCGCUCGCAUCAACAGGAGCCAGAGAGGGCUCGCGGAGGGGGCCUCUAUCGCCAUUCAGGUGCCCUGCCAAGAGGCCGACUGGGUAACCAUGAAGGAGGGGAGGACGAGGCGUACGAGGGCUACUCCAUCAUAAGCAGUGAGCCGUUAGGGCGAGGGGGGAGGGACUGUGACACGCUGCCUCUACCCGCCGGACACCGAUAUAGCAGAGGUACUGCUGGGAGGCAUGGGUAUCCUGUAUCCAAUUCCUCCAAGGGAAGCCUCAGCACGCCAACGUCUCCAAUUAAAGCUCCACCACCAGCACCGCCCCAAACGCUUCCCAACAGACACCAGCAGGAAAGCUCAUCUCCACAGAAAACUAUGAAAGGCAAGGUCAGCAGCUCAGAUUCAGACCAGUCGAGCACAGAGACCGACAGCACAGUCAAGUCCCAGGAGGAGAGGAAAGGACCGGCCGGACAGAUGGAUCCCCAGAAACUGGCCCAGAAGAUCCUCGAGGAGACCCAAAGCCACAUGCAAGCUGUGGAGAAUAUGCAGAAAGCAAAUGUCAGAGGAACAACAUUGGGGGCCCCUGAGGCACAUGCCAGACAGCAAUCUGUCUCCACUCCCACAACCCCAACUCUGACUCCAAAUGGAGGAGCGCGAGGGUUUCAGCCCUCAGAGACCAGCGCAUUCAGCAGACCUCCCAGCAGAGCAAGUCUAACGGCCUCUUCCUCUCCUCUCUCGCUCUCAACUCACCUUUCCCCUCUUUCUGCCUCCAUCCCAACACCUCCUCCAACGCGGCCUAAGCCACCAUCCCGCUCCUCGUCGCUGCAGAAAAUCAGCUCGGCUCAUUCCUCUGCUUCUUCGUUGGUGCCAGGCUUACCUUCCCCAGAUGUGAACAUGCUGGCUCAUCUAAAACCCAAACGCCCUAUCCACAUCUCACCUUCCGGCUCCAAUGCUGACAGCGCUCCAUCGCCAGCCCUUUCUUACUCCCCUACAGGAUCCGUUUCAGCCUCCUCCAGCCCAGCAAACACCCCCAAACUGAACCCGUCAGUACAGGAAAGCAGAGUCCACAGCACUCAUGACUUAAAAACACUGUGGGCCGACACGAGCCAGAAACACGAUGUGCCCUGUCCUGCUAGUUUACUACGAGGUGGGAAUAAAAAAAUGAGCACAGUUCAGAAGGAUGUCUUGGGUUUGUUAAGUCUCUCACCAAGACAUCAGCCUGUCAGGAAAAACACAGAGGCACCUGAGGACCAAAACCUUGAGCACAGACCAAAUGGUCAACCAAAGCUGGAGGCAAAGCCACAUCCAAGCCCACAUUCUAACUCCAAAGGAGGCAUCAAGCUUCCCUCUGGGAACGGCUACAAGUUGCUCUCGCCUGGACAUUUCUUUCCAUCUUCUAAGUGUUGAGUGUGAGCCUCUACCCGGCAUGUUGUUUUCUGUGUGGAUCAAAAGUUUUUAGCAAAUACAGCAAUACAAAAAAGUCUUACUGAACUGAUUUUACAUGUUUUUUACAGUUUGGAAUGUGAUGACUGUGCCUUUGUGUGGACAGAGCUGGAAGAGCAAACUGACUCUGGCAUUAAUUGUGUUUUGUUUUAAAUACUGACUAGAGGUCAUGUGUCUUGAUGCCUCCAUGUAAUGUACACUGAAAGGACAUUUAGACUAACAGUCUGUUGGCUGAAUGCCUGACAGAAGGACAGCAUUUUAUAUAUUGGCUGUAAUGCUCGCUAUAUUUGUGUAAGUUGAAUUUGGUCUAGAUCUAAAAAAAAUGUUGUUAAUGUCAUUAUCAGUGUUUAUUUUUUAAACUCCAAACUGAAUUUUUCAUUCAUUAUUAUAUUGUUACACAUUUUAUAAUGACAACAUGAGUAAGAAGAUAUUUUUAUGCAGAUUUGUUUUAAUGUGUGAUGUCAGUAUGGUACCUUUUGCUGUUAAGUGUUUAAUUAACUUUAUAAUGUACAAUUUUUGCAGCGGUGCCAGACUCCUAUUCAGAAACAUCAGUUCUCAACAAGGUGUCAAAUAAAAAUGUUGCUUUUCUUGUC